CACGACCGCCCGCCCGCCGGCCCGCCCGGCGCCGGGCAAUGGCGCUGCUGCGGGACGUGUCGCUGCAGGAUCCGCGGGACCGCUUCGAGCUGCUGCAGCGCGUGGGGGCCGGGACCUAUGGCGACGUCUACAAGGCCCGCGACACGGUCACGUCCGAACUGGCCGCGGUCAAGAUAGUCAAGCUAGACCCAGGGGACGACAUCAGCUCCCUCCAGCAGGAAAUCACCAUCCUGCGUGAGUGCCGUCACCCCAAUGUGGUGGCCUACAUUGGCAGCUACCUCAGGAAUGACCGCUUGUGGAUCUGCAUGGAGUUCUGCGGAGGGGGGUCCCUGCAGGAGAUUUACCACGCCACCGGGCCCCUGGAGGAACGGCAGAUUGCCUAUGUCUGUCGAGAGGCACUGAAGGGGCUGCACCACUUGCAUUCUCAGGGGAAGAUCCACAGAGACAUCAAGGGAGCCAAUCUUCUCCUCACCCUCCAGGGAGAUGUCAAGCUGGCUGACUUUGGGGUGUCGGGUGAGCUGACGGCGUCUGUGGCUAAGAGGAGGUCUUUCAUUGGGACUCCAUACUGGAUGGCCCCAGAGGUGGCUGCCGUGGAACGCAAAGGAGGCUACAACGAGCUCUGUGACGUCUGGGCCCUGGGCAUCACAGCCAUCGAGCUGGGCGAGCUGCAGCCCCCUCUAUUCCAUCUGCACCCUAUGAGGGCCUUGAUGCUUAUGUCGAAGAGUAGCUUCCAGCCGCCCAGGCUGAGAGACAAGACUCGCUGGACCCAGAAUUUCCACCACUUCCUCAAGCUGGCCUUGACCAAGAACCCCAAGAAGAGGCCUACAGCAGAGAAGCUUCUACAGCACCCAUUCACAACCCAGCACCUCCCUCGGGCUCUUCUCACACAGCUGUUGGACAAAGCCAAUGACCCCCACCUGGGAACCCCCUCCCCAGAGGACUGUGACCUAGAGACUUAUGACAUGUUUCCAGACACCAUUCACUCCCGGGGGCAGCACGGCCCGGCUGAGAGGACCCCCUCGGAGAUCCAGUGUGAGUCUGCUCAGGAGGCUACGCGUGUGUGUGUUGGUGGGGGUUUGGCGGGGCUGUGAGUGUGGAGC